AAUUUCUAUGCUACGUCGAUGAUUUUAUGUCAAAUGUGCUUGUCAAGUAAAACCGGCAAUCGAAAUCAAUUUUAUUAGAAAAAUAGCGAAGUACUUUUAGAUAAUAAGAUUGAUUAAAUAAAAACUAAGCUAGCUCUGCUUGCCUAGUUUGUAGAAAUGUAUUUUUAUGCAUUAUUCUUGUUACUAUUAAGUACAUGUACUAUAAGUCAUGGCAACACACUGCAAGGCACAAUUGAUCUCAAGCGGCUACAAAAGAUACUACAGGAAAAUGUGAAGAGUCAAGAUAUUACAUCAUUGUACUAUUCAGUGAAGGGGCUGGCAGAGCUUAAUGCUGACAUUCCAAAUAUCUGUGAAACACUCAAAAACAUCAAGUAUGAUCCCAAGAACAUAGAACAAGUGUUCCAAGUAGCUAAUGCUGCUGCCAUAACCAGUUGCCAGAAUUUCAUGAAGCCAGAAAUCUUGAGCCCCGCCACACAGACUCUGGACAGGAAGGAUGCCACCAUUGCUGACAUCUACCAUGCUGUCUUUACUCUAAAGGCAUUUGGCAAGGGCUCUGUCUAUGACAAAGAAGAUGCUCUUAAGAAUCUGAUUCAGUUACUGAAGAAGGAUGAUUCUCCAGCCAACUACGGCUACGUGUUCUCGCUGUGCGAGCACAUGGGCUGCGGCGCCUGGACGGCCGCGCACGCGGAGGGCGUGCUGCUGGCCGCCGACGAGAGCGACGCGCGCGCGCUGCACUUCGACGGCGGCCUGCCCGCCACCGCCACGCUGCUCGCCGCCAUCCACAGGACAUACAAAAACUUGAAGAAGCCGUCCCCUCUGACGGAGGAGCAGAAAUACAAGUUCGCGGAGUAUUUACUGACCAGACGAUCUGUCAACACGCCUAAGGGAGCCUGCUUGUUGAUCGAAGCGGCCAAUGCACUCGCUGACGAUGAGCCCACUCCCAUAAGCAUCUCCAUCAAGGGCAAGAAGUUCAUCACGUCGGAGUCGGACAGCAUCGAGUUCUCCAUCAGCGACCUGGUGGGCCGGCCGCUGCGCCUGCUCAAACCCGACGAAGUGCUCGCGCAGUCCGGCACGCGCCUCGCCGACGACGUCGUCGUACUGUCCAAGCAGCCUCUCACACAGAAACCCAACGAACCGACCACUUUCGUCCUCAAUCUCAGCAAGAUUAAGGCUCAAUAUGGGCUGUACAAGAUCGCGUUGAGUGCUGGAUCUAAGACGACCAAUGUCAACGUGGCGGUGUUGGGCGAGAUUCGCGUGAGCACCGUGGAAGUCGGCGUCGGCGACGUGGACGGCACCACCAGUCCCAAGCUGACCACUGUCGCAUACCCCAACAAGUUGACUGACAAGCUUCAAGCUGAUCAUUUGCAAAAAGUGAGCCUGAAGUUCACCGUGCGCGACAAGUACGACAAGCCGGUGUUGGUGCAGCAAGCCUUCGUGCGCGUCGCCAGUGUCGCCGGGGACGAGACCAUCUUCGUGGCCGAGCCAGACAACACCAAGGCCUACAAAGUCGAACUCAACGUGGGCGGCAUCGCUAAGCAUCUGAACUUUGCGUCCGGCGCGUACUCGCUGACGAUAUACCUCGGAGACAGCGCCGUGUCCAACCCCAUCGCCUGGCCCGUCGGAGACGUGCUCUUCAACUUCGGCAAGGAGGCCAGCGCUAGCGCGGCGGCGCCGGGGACGACGCGCGGCGCGCGGCCCGAGCUGGCGCACACGUUCCGCGCGGCCGAGCCGCGGCCGGCGCGGCUGGUGUCGGACGUGUUCGCGGCGGCGUGCGCCGCGCCGCUGCUGCUGCUGCUGCUGCUGUGGGCGCGGCUGGGGCUCAACGUGGCGCGCCUGCCGCUGGCGCUGAGCGCGCUGCUGUUCCACGCGGCGCUGGGCGGCGUGCUGGCGCUGUACGUGCUGCUGUGGCUGCGCCUGUCCAUGUUCGACACGGCGCGCUACGUGGCGCCGCUGGCCGCGCUCACGUUCCUGGCCGGCCACCGCCUGCUGCGCCGCCUGGCGCGCGACAAGCAGCGCUAGUGGCGCCCGCCCGCUACACCUCGCAUCUUGUUCUAUUUCCAUACAGUGUACACCUGCCGUUGCAUUUUGUUUCGACCGUUGUCGAGCAAGGUGUAAUACUACGAGCACUCUUUCCUAUGACUAGGUUCCCGAUCUCUGCUUAGUUUCCACGAAUAACUAGUAAAGAGGUGCUCUAUGUCCACGUACAAUAUGUUCAGUUGCAGUGUUCUAUAUAAGUUAAAUAUUUCACUAAAUGGGUGAUGUGAGAAAGUUAUUGCGACUUGCUUCAUUUUUACGUGAGGUGGUUGUUUGGGAGUUCUACUGAAUUCACAACUAGUAAUACUUAUUUUAUACAUUCUUUAAUUUAAUAGAACUCCUUCAUUACCGCUUCAAUUCAUUUAAUAAUAAUUUAAUAAAAUUAAUAUGUUAUAA